GAUCAUCCCGGAAGGCCGGGCCCGCAGCUUUUCUCCAUCCUGUCUCCACUGCUCGCUCAUAUUUAUGCAUUAGGCGUUUCUGCAGUGAGCCGUUGGAUAUUGAUGUGUUUUAAGGAGGUGUCCCUAGUCCUCCCCUCCCCUGCACCCUCCCCUCUCCUCCCUCUCUGCUCCGUGCUGCUGCUUCGCGGGUCGUCGGUGCGCUCAGACGCGCUCCGCGUUCAGACUUGUAAGGACCCCGAUGGCCCCCAACCAGAGGGACUGCGCUAACCAGACGACCAGCCCCAGCUUCAAGCUCCCCUAGCGAAGGCAGGACUCUGAGAGCCUGCUCCCGGAAUACCGCAUUGUUUUAUAAUUUCCAGCAGGAGAGUGAAAGGUGAUGGUGCUGAUGAUGCGCCCGCGAUGGUGGAUUUCCCUUUUGUGCGUCUGUGGAUUGAUGCACGUCGGCCACCAGAGCAACCCUGAUGCCCAAAAUGGAGACGCCUUGUCGAGCUUGAAGGCUCUUCGUGAUGCUGGCAGGUUUGUGGGAAAGGAGGACACGGUGCCUCUCCGCCUGCUCUACAGCAGGCACAACCACAGCCAGAUCACAGAGGAUGAGCUCAGCACCAGGGUGAAAGCCAGCUCCGGCUCCAGCCAGGUGAACCAUGUGGCCCAAGCAAGCUUUCAAGUGGACGCUUUCGGCAGAAAAUUCAUCUUGGAUGUGGAAUUGAACCAGUGA